CCUCGGCCCCUCAGGGGUCACGUCUCUGACCUUCUCUCUCACCCCUUUAUCCGCUAACGAGCGCCCCUCCCCUGGCCGGGGCUUGGGUUGGGGGGCGGUGGCCAGACUCUGUCGGGGUACAAGCGAGCCGCCACCCCGGUGCCUAUGUCGCCGACUGACUUUUGAGGACGAUGUAUCUUUCUCCUCGCCUCUGCCUUUGGGUGGAGGCAGCUCAUCAUCUGAACUAAUGGCUGAAGAAUAAAUCAAGAUGGCAACUAUGGUUCCACCAGUGAAAUUGAAAUGGCUAGAACAUCUGAACAGCUCCUGGAUUACAGAGGACAGUGAAUCUAUUGCUACAAGAGAAGGAGUUGCUGUCCUGUAUUCUAAACUGGUGAGCAAUAAGGAAGUAGUACCUUUGCCCCAACAAGUUUUUUGCCUCAAAGGACCACAGUUGCCAGACUUUGAACGUGAAUCUCUUUCAAGUGAUGAACAGGACCAUUAUUUGGAUGCCCUUCUUAGCAGCCAACUAGCACUAGCAAAGAUGGUAUGUUCGGAUUCUCCAUUUGCUGGGGCACUUCGAAAACGACUGCUUGUACUACAGCGUGUCUUUUAUGCACUUUCUAAUAAAUAUCAUGACAAAGGCAAAGUGAAACAGCAGCAGCAUUCUCCGGAGAGCAGCUCUGGUUCAGCAGAUGUCCAUUCCGUUAGUGAACGUCCUCGGUCAAGCACUGAUGCACUUAUAGAAAUGGGUGUUCGAACUGGUCUAAGUCUAUUAUUUGCACUUCUGAGACAGAGUUGGAUGAUGCCUGUGUCAGGACCUGGUCUCAGUCUUUGCAAUGAUGUUAUUCAUACUGCAAUUGAAGUUGUGAGCUCUUUGCCACCGUUAUCUUUAGCAAAUGAAAGCAAGAUUCCUCCUAUGGGCUUGGACUGCUUAUCACAAGUAACAACAUUUCUUAAAGGAGUAACUAUUCCGAAUUCUGGGGCAGACACUUUAGGUCGUAGAUUAGCUUCUGAGUUACUGCUUGGUUUAGCAGCUCAGCGAGGCUCUUUGCGGUAUCUUCUUGAAUGGAUAGAAAUGGCUUUGGGGGCUUCGGCGGUUGUAAAUACCAUGGAGAAAAACAAACUACUAUCAAGCCAGGAAGGAAUGAUCAGCUUUGACUGCUUUAUGACUAUAUUAAUGCAGAUGAGGCGUUCUUUGGGCUCGUCUGCUGAUCGGAGUCAGUGGAGAGAACCAACCAGAACCUCUGAUGGCUUGUGCUCACUUUACGAGGCAGCAUUAUGUCUCUUUGAAGAGGUUUGUAGAAUGGCUUCUGAUUACUCAAGAACAUGUGCUAGCCCAGAUAGCAUUCAGACUGGUGAUGCUCCUAUUGUCUCUGAAACCUGUGAGGUUUAUGUUUGGGGGAGCAACAGCAGCCAUCAGUUGGUAGAAGGCACACAGGAGAAAAUAUUACAACCCAAACUGGCUCCUAGUUUCUCUGAUGCUCAGACUAUUGAAGCUGGACAGUAUUGCACUUUUGUCAUUUCUACGGAUGGUUCUGUCAGAGCUUGUGGUAAAGGCAGCUAUGGGAGACUCGGGCUUGGAGAUUCCAAUAAUCAGUCUACUUUAAAAAAGUUAACGUUUGAGCCUCACAGGUCCAUUAAAAAGGUCUCAUCUUCUAAAGGAUCUGAUGGUCACACUUUAGCUUUUACAACAGAAGGAGAAGUCUUCAGUUGGGGAGAUGGUGAUUAUGGAAAACUGGGACAUGGAAAUAGUUCAACACAGAAAUAUCCCAAACUUAUUCAGGGACCUCUGCAAGGAAAGGUAGUUGUUUGUGUGUCAGCUGGAUACAGACAUAGUGCGGCUGUCACAGAGGAUGGAGAAUUAUAUACAUGGGGUGAAGGAGACUUUGGAAGAUUAGGUCAUGGUGAUAGUAAUAGCCGUAACAUUCCAACAUUAGUAAAAGACAUUAGCAAUGUAGGAGAGGUUUCUUGUGGCAGUUCACAUACUAUUGCUUUAUCUAAAGAUGGAAGAACUGUAUGGUCUUUUGGAGGAGGAGACAAUGGCAAACUUGGCCAUGGUGAUACCAACAGAGUGUAUAAACCAAAAGUUAUUGAAGCUUUACAAGGAAUGUUUAUUCGUAAAGUUUGUGCUGGGAGCCAAUCUUCACUUUCUUUGACAUCAACAGGGCAGGUCUAUGCUUGGGGCUGUGGGGCUUGUCUAGGUUGUGGUUCUUCAGAAGCUACUGCUUUGAGACCCAAGCUUAUUGAAGAACUGGCUGCCACAAGAAUAGUUGACAUUUCUAUUGGAGACAGUCAUUGUUUGGCUCUUUCUCAUGAUAAUGAAGUUUAUGCCUGGGGCAAUAACUCAAUGGGACAGUGUGGCCAAGGAAAUUCCACAGGUCCUAUUACUAAACCAAAGAAAGUGAGUGGCUUAGAUGGCAUAGCUAUUCAGCAGAUCUCAGCUGGAACAUCACAUAGCCUGGCAUGGACUGCUCUCCCUAGAGACAGACAAGUUGUUGCAUGGCAUCGACCUUAUUGUGUAGAUCUUGAAGAGAGUACCUUCUCACACCUGCGUUCGUUUCUUGAGAGAUACUGUGAUAAAAUAAACAGUGAGAUUCCUCCUCUUCCUUUCCCUUCAUCAAGGGAACACCACAAUUUCCUCAAGCUGUGCCUGAAGCUGCUUUCUAAUCACCUUGCUCUUGCACUUGCGGGAGGGGUAGCUACCAGCAUUCUUGGGAGGCAAGCAGGUCCACUUCGAAAUUUGCUCUUCAGACUGAUGGAUUCAACUGUUCCAGAUGAAAUCCAAGAGGUGGUAAUUGAGACUCUGUCAGUGGGAGCAACCAUGCUGUUACCUCCCUUACGAGAACGGAUGGAAUUACUUCAUUCUCUUUUACCCCAAGGACCUGAUAGAUGGGAAAGCUUAUCUAAAGGACAGAGAAUGCAACUGGAUAUCAUUUUGACAAGUUUGCAAGAUCAUACCCAUGUAGCCUCCUUACUUGGCUAUAGUUCACCCUCUGAUGCUGCUGACCUCUCUUCUGUGUGUACUAGCUAUGGAAACCUGUCAGAUCAGUCUUAUGGCACUCAGAGCUGCCAUCCAGAUACCCAUUUGGCUGAAAUUUUGAUGAAGACCCUCUUAAGAAAUUUAGGAUUUUAUACAGAUCAAGCAUUUGGAGAGCUAGAAAAGAAUAGUGAUAAAUUUCUACUUGGAACAUCAUCAUCAGAGAACAGUCAGCCUGCUCAUCUUCAUGAACUGCUGUGUUCAUUACAGAAACAGCUGUUGGCAUUUUGCCAUAUUAAUAACAUCAGUGAGAACUCAAGCAGUGUGGCAUUGCUUCAUAAACAUCUUCAGCUCUUGUUGCCUCAUGCCACAGAUAUUUAUUCACGUUCUGCAAAUUUGCUGAAAGAAAGUCCUUGGAAUGGCAGUGUUGGAGAUAAGUUAAGAGAUGUGAUAUACGUCUCAGCUGCAGGCAGCAUGCUUUGUCAGAUUGUUAAUUCCCUGCUGUUACUCCCAGUGUCAGUGGCUCGUCCUUUAUUGAGUUACCUCCUUGAUCUUUUGCCACCACUUGAUUGCCUUAAUAGACUUCUGCCAGCUGCUGCUCUUUUAGAAGACCAAGAGCUACAGUGGCCUCUUCAUGGAGGGCCGGAAGUAAUUGACCCUGCUGGUGUGCCCUUACCUCAGCCAGCUCAGUCUUGGGUGUGGCUUGUUGAUCUGGAAAGGACAAUUGCUCUCCUAAUUGGGCGGUGUCUUGGUGGCAUGCUUCAGGGCUCCCCCGUGUCUCCAGAGGAACAGGAUACUGCAUAUUGGAUGAAAACACCACUUUUCAGUGAUGGUGUAGAAAUGGACACACCUCAGUUAGAUAAAUGUAUGAGUUGCCUAUUAGAAGUAGCUCUUUCAGGAAAUGAAGAACAGAAGCCUUUUGAUUACAAAUUGCGUCCUGAAAUUGCUGUCUACGUAGACUUAGCAUUGGGUUGUUCUAAAGAGCCUGCCCGAAGCCUUUGGAUCAGCAUGCAGGAUUAUGCUGUUAGCAAAGAUUGGGACAGUGCAACUUUAAGUAAUGAGUCACUCUUGGAUACUGUGUCUAGAUUUGUUCUUGCAGCACUUCUGAAACACACAAAUUUACUUGGUCAAGCAUGUGGAGAAAGCCGAUAUCAACCUGGUAAAAGCUUAUCAGAAGUGUACCGUUGUGUAUACAAAGUUCGAAGUCGUUUACUUGCUUGCAAGAACCUUGAACUUAUUCAAACCAGGUCAUCAUCACGAGACAGAUGGAUCUCAGACAACCAAGACUCUGCAGAUGUUGAUCCUCAGGAACAUUCAUUUACCCGGACCAUUGAUGAAGAAGCUGAAAUGGAAGAACAGGCUGAGAGAGACAGAGAAGAGGGGCAUCCAGAGCCAGAGGAUGAGGAGGAAGAACGGGAACAUGAAGUGAUGACAGCUGGCAACCUUGUUUUUGUGUUGCAUGUUACAGAAAUCUUUCAGUGUUUCCUCUCAGCCCGUGAAGUAGCUCGUAGCCGAGACCGAGAUAGAAUGAACAGUGGGGCAGGGUCUGGGGCUCGAGUUGAUGAUCCACCUCCUCAGUCUCAGCAAGAGCGAAGGGUCAGCACAGACCUUCCUGAGGGUCAGGAUGUGUAUACUGCUGCCUGCAACUCUGUGAUCCACCGGUGUGCCCUGUUAAUAUUAGGAGUAAGUCCUGUCAUUGAUGAGCUUCAGAAGCGAAGGGAAGAAGGACAGUUGCAGCAGCCCUCUACCAGUGCCUCUGAAGGGGGUGGACUUAUGACCAGGAGUGAAAGUCUGACUGCAGAGAGCCGGCUAGUCCAUGCAAGUCCAAAUUAUAGACUGAUCAAAUCGAGGAGUGAAUCUGAUUUGUCGCAGCCUGAAUCAGAUGAAGAGAGUUAUGCACUGAGUGGCAGACGAAAUGUUGAUUUGGAUUUGGCAUCAUCUCAUAGAAAAAGAGUGUAUUUACUCCUUUUUGGCCAGUUGAGCCCCAGAAAAAAGAAGAUCUUCAAGCAAGUACAUGAUGGUCCUAUGCAUAGUCAAUUGGAAUCCCUGAGCGACUCUUGGGCCCGCCUGAAACACAGCAGAGACUGGUUGUAUAACUCCUCUUACUCCUUCGAGUCUGAUUUUGACCUUACCAAGUCUUUGGGAGUUCACACAUUGAUUGAAAAUGUUGUAAGCUUUGUGAGUGGAGAUGUGGGGAAUGCCCCAGGUUUUAAAGAGCCAGAGGAAAGUAUGUCUACAAGUCCUCAGGCCUCCAUCAUUGCAAUGGAACAACAGCAGUUAAGGGCGGAACUUCGUUUGGAGGCACUUCACCAGAUCCUUGUUCUGUUGUCUGGGAUGGAGGAAAAAGGUAGCAUCUCACUGGUAGGAAGCAGGUCGAAUUCAGGCUUUCAGUCGUCCACACUGCUCACAUCUGUGAGAUUACAGUUUCUAGCAGGGUGUUUUGGUUUAGGCACUGUUGGACACACAGGAGCCAAAGGAGAAAGUGGCCGCUUGCAUCACUAUCAGGAUGGGAUCAGAGCAGCUAAGAGAAAUAUUCAAAUUGAAAUCCAGGUGGCUGUGCAUAAGAUUUAUCAACAGUUGUCUGCUACCCUGGAGAGAGCCUUGCAAGCAAAUAAGCAUCACAUUGAAGCCCAACAGCGUCUCCUUUUAGUUACAGUAUUUGCCUUGAGCGUUCAUUAUCAACCUGUGGAUGUUUCUUUGGCAAUUUCCACUGGUCUGCUAAAUGUAUUAUCACAGUUAUGUGGCACAGACACCAUGUUAGGACAGCCCUUGCAGUUAUUGCCAAAGACAGGUGUUUCCCAGCUUAGCACAGCUUUGAAAGUGGCCAGUACAAGGUUGCUCCAAAUUCUAGCAAUCACUACAGGGACCUAUGCUGAUAAACUAAGUCCCAAGAUAGUUCAAUCCUUGUUGGAUCUACUUUGUAGUCAGUUGAAGAAUUUGUUGUCCCAAACUGGUGUACUACUUAUGGCCUCUUUUGGAGAAGGGGAAGGAGAAGAGGGUGAAGAAGAAGAAGAAAAAAAAGUUGAUUCCAGUGGAGAAACCGAGAAGAAAGAUUUCAGAGCUGCUCUUAGGAAACAACAUGCAGCUGAACUCCAUCUAGGGGAUUUCUUAGUUUUUCUUCGAAGAGUUGUGUCUUCAAAAGCAAUUCAAUCAAAAAUGGCUUCCCCAAAGUGGACAGAGGUGCUUCUAAAUAUAGCAUCUCAGAAGUGUUCUUCAGGUAUUCCUCUAGUUGGUAACUUAAGAACAAGGCUCCUUGCACUUCAUGUUCUUGAAGCUGUGCUACCAGCUUGUGAAUCUGGAGUAGAAGAUGACCAAAUGGCUCAGGUAGUUGAGCGCCUGUUUUCCCUUCUAUCGGAUUGUAUGUGGGAGACUCCCAUUGCUCAGGCCAAACAUGCUAUUCAGAUAAAGGAAAAAGAACAAGAAAUAAAAUCACAGAAGCAAGGAGAAUUGGAGGAAGAAGAUGAGAAUCUUCCCAUACAAGAAGUAUCUUUUGACCCAGAGAAAGCCCAGUGUUGCAUAGUGGAAAAUGGACAGAUUUUAACUCAUGGCAGUGGAGGAAAAGGAUAUGGCUUGGCAUCAACUGGAGUAACUUCUGGAUGCUAUCAGUGGAAGUUUUACAUUGUGAAGGAAAACAGAGGUAAUGAAGGCACAUGUGUCGGAGUUUCUCGUUGGCCAGUACAUGACUUUAACCACCGUACCACCUCAGAUAUGUGGCUUUAUAGGGCCUACAGUGGUAACCUCUACCACAAUGGAGAACAAACACUGACGUUGUCCAGCUUUACUCAAGGAGAUUUCAUUACCUGUGUAUUAGACAUGGAAGCCAGGACUAUUUCCUUUGGGAAAAAUGGAGAGGAACCUAAAUUAGCUUUUGAAGAUGUGGAUGCAGCAGAGUUGUACCCAUGUGUAAUGUUCUAUAGUAGCAACCCAGGUGAAAAGGUGAAAAUUUGUGAUAUGCAGAUGCGAGGCACACCACGGGACUUACUUCCAGGAGACCCCAUUUGUAGUCCAGUAGCAGCAGUGCUAGCUGAGGCCACUAUUCAACUUAUCCGUAUCCUUCACCGAACAGACCGUUGGACUUACUGCAUUAACAAAAAAAUGAUGGAAAGGCUACAUAAAAUUAAGAUAUGUAUUAAAGAGUCAGGUCAGAAGCUAAAGAAAAGCCGCUCGGUUCAGAGCCGAGAGGAAAAUGAAAUGAGAGAGGAGAAGGAGAACAAAGAGGAAGAGAAAGGUAAACAUAAUAGACAUGGCCUUGCUGACCUCUCAGAGCCACAGCUGAGGACUCUUUGCAUAGAGGUGUGGCCAGUUCUGGCAGUGAUAGGAGGAGUUGAUGCUGGUCUUAGAGUUGGAGGUCGGUGUGUUCACAAGCAAACUGGGCGCCAUGCCACGCUGCUGGGAGUGGUCAAAGAGGGUAGCACGUCUGCCAAGGUCCAAUGGGAUGAAGCAGAAAUUACCAUCAGCUUCCCAACUUUUUGGUCGCCUAGUGAUACUCCAUUGUAUAAUCUGGAGCCCUGUGAACCACUGCCGUUUGAUGUGGCACGAUUCCGAGGCCUGACAGCUUCUGUGCUGCUGGACCUAACAUAUCUAACAGGCAUUCAUGAAGAUAUGGGGAAACAGAGCACCAAGCGUCAUGAAAAGAAACACCGACAUGAGUCUGAAGAGAAAGGGGACGUUGAUCAGAAACCUGAGAGUGAAUCUACUUUAGAUGUGCGAACAGGAUUAACAGCUGAUGAUGUCAAAAGUCAGGGUACCACAAGCUCCAAAUCAGAAAAUGAAAUAGUUUCAUUUUCUUUAGAUCAAACAUUGCCAGGAGUGGAAUCCCAACAUCAAAUAACAGAAGGAAAAAGAAAAAAUCACGAACAUGUGUCCAAAAACCAUGACAUAGCCCAAUCAGAAAUCAGAGCAGUACAGCUGUCCUAUCUUUACCUUGGUGCUAUGAAAUCACUUAGUGCUCUUCUUGGCUGUAGUAAAUAUGCUGAGCUGUUGUUGAUACCAAAAGUCCUGGCUGAAAAUGGCCACAACUCAGACUGUGCAAGCUCACCAGUUGUUCAUGAAGAUGUGGAAAUGCGUGCAGCCCUACAGUUUUUGAUGCGACACAUGGUGAAGCGAGCAGUCAUGCGGUCACCCAUAAAGAGAGCAUUAGGAUUAGCUGAUCUGGAACGAGCUCAAGCCAUGAUUUACAAACUAGUGGUCCAUGGGCUUUUGGAAGACCAGUUUGGGGGCAAAAUCAAACAAGAGGUUGAUCAACAAGCUGAAGAAGCUGACCAUGCCCAGCAGGCACAGACACCUGUUACCACGAGCCCAUCAGCCUCAAGCACAACUUCCUUUAUGAGCAGCUCCCUUGAGGACACCACAACUGCCACCACUCCAGUCACUGACACAGAAACGGUGCCUGCAUCUGAGUCCCCAGGAGUGAUGCCACUUAGUCUUCUCAGGCAAAUGUUCUCUAGUUAUCCAACUACCACUGUACUUCCCACACGUCGGGCACAGACUCCUCCAAUAUCGUCGUUACCAACUUCUCCUUCUGAUGAAGUAGGAAGGAGGCAAAGUUUAACUUCUCCUGAUUCACAGUCAGCAAGGCCAGCUAAUCGUACAGCCUUGUCAGAUCCAAGCAGUAGACUUUCAACUUCUCCUCCUCCUCCAGCAAUUGCUGUUCCAUUGCUGGAAAUGGGGUUCUCACUCCGACAGAUUGCCAAAGCCAUGGAAGCUACAGGUGCUCGAGGAGAGGCUGAUGCCCAGAAUAUUACUGUCCUUGCCAUGUGGAUGAUAGAGCACCCUGGGCAUGAGGAUGAGGAAGAGCCCCAGCCAGGCAGCACAACUGACUCCAGGCAUGGAGCAGCAGUUUUAGGCAGUGGUGGAAAGUCAAAUGAUCCCUGUUAUUUGCAGUCACCAGGAGACAUACCGUCAGCAGAUGCUGCUGAAAUGGAGGAAGGCUUUAGUGAAAGCACUGAUAAUCUGGAUCAUACAGAGAAUGCAGCUUCUGGAAGUGGACCACCAGCUAGAGGUCGCUCAGCAGUAACAAGAAGGCACAAGUUUGAUUUAGCAGCUCGCACAUUGCUAGCGAGAGCAGCGGGGUUAUACCGCUCUGUGCAGGCCCACAGGAAUCAAAGUCGGAGAGAAGGAAUAUCUUUGCAGCAAGACCCAGGGGCGUUGUAUGACUUUAAUUUAGAUGAGGAAUUGGAAAUUGAUCUUGAUGAUGAAGCAAUGGAAGCUAUGUUUGGACAAGACCUGACCAGUGACAAUGAUAUUCUGGGAAUGUGGAUCCCAGAGGUACUGGAUUGGCCUACCUGGCAUGUUUGUGAGUCUGAAGAUAGGGAAGAAGUGGUGGUAUGUGAACUGUGUGAAUGCAGUGUCGUCAGCUUCAAUCAGCACAUGAAGAGAAACCACCCAGGCUGUGGGCGCAGUGCAAAUCGUCAGGGCUAUCGCAGUAAUGGCUCUUAUGUGGAUGGCUGGUUCGGUGGUGAAUGUGGGAGUGGAAAUCCAUACUACCUGCUAUGUGGAAGCUGCAGGGAGAAGUAUUUAGCUCUGAAGACUAAGUCCAAGACAACAAAUUCUGAAAGGUACAAGGGACAAGCUCCAGAUCUAAUUGGCAAGCAGGACAGUGUAUAUGAAGAAGACUGGGACAUGUUAGAUGUUGAUGAAGAUGAAAAGCUGACAGGUGAAGAGGAAUUUGAAUUGCUUGCUGGACCACUUGGUUUAAAUGACCGGCGCAUUGUACCAGAACCAGUUCAGUUCCCUGACAGUGACCCACUAGGAGCAUCAGUGGCAAUGGUCACAGCUACCAACAGUAUGGAAGAGACUCUUAUGCAAAUAGGUUGCCAUGGCUCUGUAGAAAAGAGUUCCUCUGGGAGAAUAACAUUAGGAGAGCAGGCAGCAGCUCUUGCAAAUCCUCAUGACCGGGUGGUGGCUUUAAGGAGAGUCACAGCUGCUGCUCAAGUUCUUCUGGCUAGAACCAUGGUCAUGAGAGCACUGUCUCUUCUCUCAGUCAGUGGUUCGAGUUGUAGUCUGGCUGCUGGUCUUGAGUCUCUGGGGCUAACAGAUAUCCGAACACUGGUUCGAUUAAUGUGCUUGGCUGCAGCAGGAAGAGCUGGCCUCUCUACCAGCCCUUCAGCUACAGCAGGCACCUCAGAACGUUCACGAGGCAGUCACAGCAAGACCAACAAACCUAUUUCUUGCCUCGCCUAUCUGAGCACAGCAGUGGGAUGUCUGGCAUCAAACACUCCUAGUGCUGCAAAACUGCUGGUGCAGUUGUGUACACAGAACUUGAUUUCUGCUGCAACAGGUGUAAAUCUAACCACAGUCGAUGAUCCAAUUCAGAGAAAGUUUCUACCAAGCUUUCUCCGAGGAAUUGCUGAAGAGAAUAAGCUUGUAACCUCUCCAAACUUUGUUGUAACACAGGCCCUUGUGGCAUUACUAGCAGACAAAGGGGCCAAACUGAGACCUAACUAUGAUAAGUCAGAAGUUGAAAAGAAAGGCCCUCUGGAGCUGGCUAAUGCCCUGGCAGCCUGCUGCCUCUCCUCCAGGCUGUCCUCACAGCAUAGGCAAUGGGCUGCUCAACAACUUGUACGCACUCUUGCUGCGCACGACCGUGACAACCAAACUGCUCCACAAACACUGGCUGAUAUGGGAGGAGAUCUCAGGAAAUGUUCCUUUAUCAAGUUGGAGGCUCAUCAGAACAGAGUAAUGACAUGUGUUUGGUGUAAUAAAAAAGGUCUCUUAGCUACAAGUGGCAAUGAUGGCACCAUUCGAGUGUGGAAUGUUACCAAGAAACAAUAUUCACUGCAACAGACCUGUGUAUUCAACAGAUUGGAAGGGGAUGCUGAGGAUAGCCUUGGGUCACCCAGUGAUCCAAGCUUCUCUCCUGUUUCUUGGAGCAUCAGUGGCAAAUAUCUAGCUGGGGCUUUGGAAAAGAUGGUGAAUAUCUGGCAAGUUAAUGGAGGAAAAGGAUUAGUAGAUAUUCAACCUCAUUGGGUAUCUGCCCUGGCUUGGCCAGAAGAGAGUCCAGCUACAGCCUGGUCAGGAGAGUCUCCAGAAUUACUGUUGGUGGGACGGAUGGAUGGAUCUCUAGGACUGAUUGAAGUUGUUGAUGUGUCUACCAUGCACCGUCGAGAAUUGGAGCAUUGCUAUCGAAAGGAUGUAUCUGUUACUUGCAUUGCUUGGUUCAGUGAAGAUAGACCAUUUGCAGUGGGAUAUUUUGAUGGAAAAUUGCUACUGGGAACAAAGGAACCACUUGAGAAAGGAGGCAUUGUUCUAAUUGAUGCACAUAAGGAUACUCUUGUCAGUAUGAAAUGGGACCCAACAGGCCAUAUUCUUAUGACAUGUGCCAAAGAAGAAAAUGUGAAACUCUGGGGACUUAUUUCAGGAUGCUGGCGCUGUCUGCAUUCACUCUGUCAUCCAUCUAUUGUGAAUGGCAUUGCUUGGUGCAACCUUCCAGGGAGAGGAUCCAAGUUGCAGUUACUAAUGGCUACUGGCUGUCAGAGUGGCUUGGUAUGUGUUUGGUGUAUUCCACAAGAUAUGACACAGACCAGUAUGACUAGUUCAGAAGGAUGGUGGGACCAGGAAUCAAAUUGCCAGGAUGGAUAUAGGAAAUUGGCAGGAGCCAAAUGUAUUUAUCAACUGCGGGGACACAUCACUCCUGUUCGAACUGUUGCCUUUAGUUCUGAUGGGUUGGCCCUGGUGUCUGGUGGACUUGGUGGACUCAUGAACAUUUGGUCUUUAAGGGAUGGCUCUGUCUUACAGACAGUUGUGAUAGGCUCUGGAGCUAUUCAAACCACAGUGUGGAUUCCAGAAGUUGGGGUGGCUGCUUGCUCAAAUAGAUCAAAGGAUGUUUUAGUUGUGAAUUGUACAGCAGAAUGGGCUGCUGCCAAUCAUGUUUUAGCAACUUGUAGAACGGCACUGAAACAACAGGGUGUUCUGGGAUUAAACAUGGCUCCUUGCAUGAGAGCAUUUCUGGAGCGGUUACCCAUGAUGCUUCAGGAGCAGUAUGCCUAUGAAAAGCCUCAUGUGGUUUGUGGUGACCAGCUUGUUCACAGCCCCUAUAUGCAAUGUCUGGCUUCCCUUGCUGUGGGACUUCAUCUGGAUCAGCUGUUGUGUAGCCCUCCAGUGCCACCACACCACCAGAACUGCCUCCCUGACCCUUCAUCCUGGAAUCCAAACGAGUGGGCCUGGUUAGAAUGCUUCUCAACCACCAUUAAAGCUGCUGAAGCCCUGACCAAUGGAACACAAUUUCCAGAAUCUUUUACUGUUCCAGAUCUAGAGCCUGUUCCAGAGGAUGAACUUGUAUUCCUAAUGGAUAACAGUAAGUGGAUCAAUGGCAUGGAUGAGCAAAUUAUGUCAUGGGCAACUUCUAGACCUGAGGACUGGCACCUGGGAGGUAAAUGUGAUGUCUACCUGUGGGGUGCUGGUAGGCAUGGACAGCUGGCAGAAGCAGGAAGAAAUGUAAUGGUACCUGCCGCAGCUCCCUCAUUCUCACAGGCACAACAGGUUGUAUGUGGUCAGAAUUGUACAUUUGUUAUCCAGGCCAAUGGUACAGUGUUGGCUUGUGGAGAAGGAAGUUAUGGCAGAUUAGGACAAGGAAAUUCUGAUGACCUUCAUGUGCUAACAGUUAUUUCAGCCUUACAAGGCUUUGUGGUGACCCAGCUGGUGACUUCCUGUGGUUCUGAUGGGCACUCCAUGGCCCUGACAGAAAGUGGUGAAGUCUUUAGCUGGGGAGAUGGUGACUAUGGUAAACUUGGCCAUGGCAACAGUGACAGGCAGCGUCGGCCAAGGCAGAUUGAGGCCUUACAAGGAGAAGAAGUGGUACAGAUGUCUUGUGGCUUUAAGCACUCAGCAGUGGUAACUUCAGAUGGCAAACUGUUUACCUUUGGUAAUGGUGACUAUGGUCGUCUGGGUCUUGGCAACACCUCUAACAAAAAACUUCCUGAGAGAGUGACUGCACUGGAAGGAUAUCAAAUUGGACAAGUAGCCUGUGGGCUGAACCACACUUUGGCAGUGUCAGCAGAUGGCUCCAUGGUGUGGGCUUUUGGAGAUGGAGACUAUGGAAAGCUAGGCUUAGGAAAUUCCACUGCAAAAUCUUCACCUCAGAAAGUUGAUGUCCUCUGUGGAAUUGGAAUUAAAAAGGUUGCUUGUGGAACUCAGUUUUCCGUUGCUUUGACCAAGGAUGGUCAUGUGUAUACCUUUGGUCAAGAUCGCUUGAUAGGCUUGCCUGAGGGACGUGCCCGCAAUCAUAAUCGGCCACAGCAAAUCCCUGUCCUGGCUGGAAUAGUGAUUGAAGAUGUGGCAGUUGGAGCUGAACACACACUUGCUUUGGCAUCAACUGGAGAUGUAUAUGCCUGGGGGAGUAAUUCAGAAGGGCAGCUUGGCCUCGGCCAUACCAACCAUGUUCGAGAACCAACUCUGGUAACAGUUCUGCAAGGGAAAAACAUUCGGCAGAUCUCAGCUGGCCGUUGCCACAGUGCAGCUUGGACAGCACCACCUGUCCCACCAAGAGCACCAGGUGUGUCAGUACCUCUGCAGCUGGGCCUUCCUGAUGCAGUGCCCCCGCAAUAUGGGGCCCUGAGAGAGGUGAGCAUCCACACUGUGCGCGCCAGGCUCCGGCUGCUUUACCACUUCUCGGACCUCAUGUACUCAUCCUGGAGGCUACUGAAUCUCAGCCCUAACAACCAGAAUAGCACAUCUCAUUAUAAUGCUGGAACUUGGGGCAUUGUACAGGGACAGCUGCGGCCUUUGUUAGCUCCAAGAGUCUACACUCUUCCAAUGGUGCGCUCCAUAGGAAAAACCAUGGUUCAAGGCAAAAACUAUGGACCGCAAAUUACUGUGAAGAGAAUAUCAACCAGAGGACGGAAAUGUAAGCCCAUCUUCGUUCAGAUAGCAAGACAAGUGGUUAAGCUGAAUGCUUCAGACCUCCGUUUGCCCUCCCGAGCAUGGAAGGUUAAGCUGGUCGGAGAAGGGGCUGAUGAUGCUGGAGGAGUGUUUGAUGACACCAUCACAGAGAUGUGCCAGGAACUUGAAACUGGGAUAGUUGACCUUCUUAUACCAUCUCCUAAUGCCACCGCAGAAGUGGGUUAUAAUAGGGAUAGGUUCCUAUUUAACCCUUCUGCUUGUCUGGAUGAACACUUAAUGCAGUUUAAGUUCUUGGGAAUUUUAAUGGGAGUUGCUAUUCGUACAAAGAAACCUCUGGACCUCCACUUGGCCCCUCUGGUGUGGAAGCAGCUGUGCUGUGUCCCGCUCACCCUGGAGGACCUGGAGGAGGUGGAUCUGCUCUACGUGCAGACCCUCAACAGCAUUCUUCACAUUGAAGACAGUGGCAUUACUGAGGAAAGUUUCCAUGAGAUGAUUCCUCUUGAUUCUUUUGUUGGCCAGAGUGCUGAUGGCAAAAUGGUUCCUAUAAUCCCUGGUGGAAAUAGUAUCCCACUCACAUUUUCCAAUAGGAAGGAGUAUGUGGAGAGGGCCAUUGAAUAUAGACUUCAUGAGAUGGACCGGCAGGUGGCUGCAGUCCGAGAAGGGAUGUCCUGGAUUGUCCCUGUGCCACUGCUGUCCCUUCUCACAGCGAAACAGCUGGAGCAGAUGGUGUGCGGGAUGCCCGAGAUCUCUGUUGAGGUCUUGAAGAAGGUGGUGCGGUACCGUGAGGUGGAUGAGCAGCACCAGCUGGUGCAGUGGUUCUGGCACACGCUGGAGGAGUUCUCCAACGAGGAGCGGGUGCUCUUCAUGCGGUUCGUGUCUGGACGCUCUCGACUUCCAGCCAACACUGCUGACAUUUCUCAGAGGUUUCAAAUCAUGAAGGUUGAUAGGCCUUACGACAGUCUGCCUACCUCACAGACGUGCUUCUUCCAGCUGAGGCUGCCCCCCUACUCCAACCAGCUGGUCAUGGCUGAGCGCCUGCGCUAUGCCAUUAACAACUGCCGCUCCAUCGACAUGGACAACUACAUGCUCUCAAGAAACGUGGACAACACCGAGGGCUCUGACACUGACUACUGAACGACCGUGGGUGCUGUCACCCCCUCCUUUUUCUCAAUAAUGCUCACUUCCAAUUUGAUGUUGAUAUACUUUUAUGGUAACUAAAUAGAUGUUUUAGGAUCAUAAACCGACAUUAUAAACAGUGGCCGCAUUUAGUUACUCUAAAUUUAACAAAGAAAUUAGAUGUUUUUAUUUUUCUGUGAUUAUACAAAAACAAAACAAAAAAAACAAAACAAAACAAAAGCAAAGUCCUCUCAGUCAGGUUUUUCCCUCCAUAUUUUUGGUCACUUUUGAUAGGUUUGCAUGGAACCAUUUUGGUGCAUUUUUAGUUGGGAAUGAUACCUUUUUGUAAACCCACCCAGUGAACAUGAAAUUGUACAUUGUGUAUAAUUGUUCAUUAGAAAGGACAGUUUUACAUGAAUAUUCACAUAUUUAUUUUGUUUUAAUUUGAAUUGCCUGUGCAGGGUUCCUUAUGCAGAGAAAUAAAGCAGAUUCAGAAAUCAGA